AUGUCCGGCAUGGCAUACAUCCACCCAACGCGGGGCACCCCCCUCCUCCGUCUAGGUACCCAAAGCCUACGACCACACCACGCCAUCCGGCCCUCGCAGCUCGCAGCUCGCACACUUCACAGCCUUACAAGUACCACCACCAAAGUCCGCCCAGCAACUAAAGCAACAUCCGCCCCAUCUCUUAUCCCGCAAACAAUAAUCCGAAGCUACACAGACCUUAAAGGCUCAACCGGCAAAGCCGAAGCAGACCUUCUAAUCGAAGAAUUGCAAGAACUCUACGAAAUAGCCAAAGACGAAUUCGAAAUUGCAACCGAGAGCACAGACACCGGGACAAUCUACGCAGCUUCGGACCGGGAGUCUGCGCGUGAUGCGCUGAACCAGUUGUCUGCUGUUUACCAUUUGUACACUGCGCGCCCGGGGGAGGUUGAGAGUGAGAAUGGCAAUGGAAAUGGAGCUGACGCUGCGGAGGAUGAUGGCGAUGGGACUAUUAUUGAGACUAAUUAUAACCCUGCCGAGGUGCCUCGCGGUGUUAAGGAUGAGGUGCGGAGACGGGUUGGGCAGCGGAUUCGGGAGUUGAAGAAUGCUGUUGAGCUGUUGGAGGAGAGGGCUCAUGAGGAAUAG